ACUUGUAACUUCACUCUACAGUACAGUAUACAGUCUAUAUAAGGCACCAUUCCAUUGUUAGGUGGGUAUCUGAAAAAGAAAGAAAGGAAUUGAAAGAAAAAGAAGAGAAGUAUCAUCAACAGAAACACGAUCGUAAAUCAAAGAAGGUCACGAUUGAUUUUGCUGGUCGGAGGAUAAUAGAAGAUGAACCAAUCAUUAAAUGAUGAAAAAAUGGAGGAAGAUGCCGAUGCCAUUACUUCAGGCUCUCCUUCAAAAAGACGUGAGGUUUAUGAAGACUCUCACUCCUUCCUUUGUAACCCAAUGGUACCUGUCAGCCCUCCUAAAGUUAAUACUAUGCAUCGUAUGUUCCUCAUAGAGUCGUGUUUCUCAUUAACAUCAAAGGGAAUUAUUCAUGAAUGGUUUAUAACACCUACAUCUAUCGUAUCACACCACAUGAAUCAGUGGUCGUACCACCUCACUGUAGAUCUUCCGCAUGGGUGGUACCAUCAUAAAUUAGUGGUACCACUACCAUACAUGUAUAUAUAAUAUACACACCGGUAUAUAGAGGUCAUUUGGGUCAAGCUUUGCCAAUAGAUGGCGGCCAAGUCAGAAUUAGUCUUUUCGAAAUUGGAGUCAAGAAUAAAGGCAUUUUGGGGCAGAGAUGAUUACAACAAAGAGUUGCGGCUACUAGUGACAGGAAAGACAGGAGAAGGGAAGUCCACACUAGUCAAUGGAAUCCUGGGGAAACAUGUUGCUAAAGAGGGAGCUGGUACUGAGAGAUGUACAACACAAGUUGCAGAGUAUAAAGCAGAUAUUGAAGGUGUACCAGUCACUGUGUUUGAUUCACCUGGCCUGCAAGACGCCACAGAAAAUGAAGAUUUAUACCUAAAAGAUAUGAGGAAAAAAUGUCAAAACCUCAGUUUAGUAUUGUAUUGUACUAAAAUGACCAACAACCGCUUAAAAGAGGAAGACAGACGUGCCAUAGUGAAAAUAACGCAUGCAUUUGGGCAAAACUUCUGGAAGUAUGCUGUUCUUGUUCUUACGUUUGCUAACACUGAAAACAUUGGAAGACGUGAUGAAAGAGAUGAAGAUACAGGGCCUGAACCUCCUUAUUCUGAUAAAGAAAGCUGGAAAAUUCUUAAAAAGAAAAGAUUUGAAGGUCGUGUAAAGCUAUGGAAAGACAGCUUUCACAAGUUUCUCAUAGAAGAUGUUGGGGUGAGGGAAAAUAUAGUGGAAAGGAUCCUUGUGGUACCAGUUGGUGAUAGCAGACCAUCAUGUGAUAACGAGGAUCCUUACCGUCUUCCUGAUCGUGAUGAUUGGUUUACUGACUUUUGGAUGGCUUGCUCCUUACGAGCUAGAGAAAUGAAUCUCUUCUUUAAAAUAAGUGAAAGCCGACUCAUCAAGCCCACCAGCUCUCAAGCCACACCAGACAAAAGUACCGAUGCCCAAAACAAUUUUGUUAAGGGAGUGGUGGCAAUUUUAACAGAAAGCUAUACUUCAGAGGAGUUACUUGAAGCAUUCAGUAUUGAAGAAACUCCAGUACAAGACAGCACACUGCAACUUUCAGAUGCACCUAAAGUGGAUGAGACAUAUUCAGAAAAGCUUCAAGAAAAUAUAAAAAAGAUGGAUAGAGAGGCAUGGGUGAAAGAGAAAGAGGAAAUAAAUAAAGAAGACAAAGAAAAAAAUGAAAGGGAAGCAGAAGCAAAUAGAAGAGAAAGUGAAAGAGUACAACAGCUUCAGACAGAUAUAACUAAAAGAAAAAUUGCUCUUGAUCAGCAGCGUGCAAGGAUGCUAGCUAAAGAGGCUGCUUUAAGGGCACAUCCAACAGUAGUCUUGCCGCCGCCACGUCGUCCGCGGUCACCCAGUUGGUGUUUUCUUCUUUGACAUUGUUAUAUUUUAGUUGAUUGCAAUUAUUAUUUUAAUAGCUGUUAAUGUAUUUUUUGUAGCUAUACGCUGUAGCUAUUGACAUCUAGCAGUACUUUUAUGUUAUAGCAGCUGUUGUAUUGUUUUUGCCAUUUU